UCUCAGGUGAGUUCAGUUAAAAGUUAAUGAGCCCUCCUCGAUGUCUGGUAAGAGAAAGCAGGUAACCUGCCGAGGAAAGUCACCGUAACCAGUCGGCUUUAAGAAAAAUAAAAAAUACGCAAUGAGUGAUUCAGAACAACAACAAGAGGCUGAAAAGGUGAGUGAGCCUCAGUGGCCAGAGAAUGGAGGUGAAUGGAGUGAUCCAGAGGAUGUGACGAACAUGGACUGUGGACUCCUGCAGGCCAUGACUGAAGAGGAUGAGGAGAUAAAUGUCUACAAUGAAGAGACGUUUGGAAUGGAUCUUGAUGCUCACGGGGCCACAGAGGACACAGGCACUGGUCUCCUUCAGUUUGGAGAGAUGCCCCCAGCACCACCGCCCCCACCACCACCACCGCCCCCACCACCUACCCCACCUCUAUCUGACCACAAACCACCAUCCCACCACAGUGCCCCCUCCCCUCCCAGACAGAGGCCACAGUAUCUGCCCCAGGCUCUUCGAGGGCGGUAUUGCAGGGGUCGGGGACCAAGGGGAGGUGGGCUGGGCAGGGGACAGAUGUUUGAGGACCCAGCUGUCAUGAGGAUAGUGGAAGGGAAACCAAGCAUAAAGAGUCUGGACAGUGCCAUAGUGGACUGUGGGAAUGCCAUGUACAGAAAUAACUUGCAGGAUGAUUAUUUGGAACCCUCUUCCAGAAAGACUAGAAGAAUUUCAGGAUCAAUACUUCAGGACCAAGCUAUAGUGUGUGUGAUCGAUGGUCACAGAGGCAGAGGUCAUCACCUGAACCCCAACUACAUGGAUCCGCCAUAUCCUGUGUCAUCCUUCAGGGGCAGGAGAGGAGUACCCAGAGGAUGCUACUCCAGGAUACAGUUUGGCCAUAGAGGCCACAGUGAGAUGCAUGAAGCCAUGGCACCAGGAUCACCCAUCUCCUCUCGUCAACCGUUGACCCCAAGGCAGCAUUACAAUCAGACUUUGACGCCUAAAAUGAUGCAGCUUCGCUUCGGUGCCAACUCACCCAGACCCUCCCCCUUUUACAGCCCCACUUCCAAUUCAGUGCAGCAUUUCAGGUUGCCAGGUCCUGUCAGCCAGCUCCACCCCCAGCAUAAACGCCUCCUCAGUCAAAAACAACGCAUUUUCUCAAGAAAACCAGAGAGCUGGGACCCCUUCAGCAAUCUCAUGACGGCCAAAGAGAAGGAGUGGAUCAUCAGGCUGCAGAUGAUUCAGCUGCAGAGUGAAAAUCCAUACCUCGAGGACUACUAUUACCAGGAGUACUAUCGGCGAAUAGAGGCUAAGAUGGCAGAGGAAGAGCGGGGUAUCCGGGGCAAGAGGGAGCCUCUGAAGCUCACCACACCAUACAUCACGAAAACGGACACUUACACACCAGUGGUGCACAUUGAAGGCUCUUUGGGUCAAGUUGCUGUGUCCACAUGUUACUCUCCUCGCCGUGCCAUCAGUGCAGUUCAUGCAGUGCAGGCUCAAGGUCCACCCGAGGAACAAAAAGACAACAGACAGCAGCGGCUAGAGGUCCUCAGCAAAGUAGAAAAGUUGUUUGUGGUUCUCUUGGAGGUGGAGGAGAUGGAGAGGAUGAAAACCACAGUGUUGUCUGAAGCAGAAGAGAGACUGCUAACGGAAAAGACUCAGAGGAAAGUGGAGCACAUCUACUCCCAGCUUCAGAACCACACCCCUCUAGAUUCAGGAGAAGAGUUUCUUCCCUUCCUGCUCGUCUCAAAAGGCAAACGGCUGCUUGCUCGUCUGCUCCCAUUCCUGAAAGGUGACACUGCCCUGAAAAUCUUGGGCAUUGUGACUACCAACCUGCCGACACUGAUGAGCAGAGAUACUGAAGAGGCUCUUCCAGUUCUUUACCCAGCUCUUCGAAAUGUGAUCGGAGGCCUGACUUUCAGUCAGCUGAUUGGGGUCCUCAAGGAUCUGACGUCGUCAAAGUCUCAGACAGCAUACGAGUCUCUUACACUUGCAUGUCAGAACAAGUUUGGACUGUCAUUACUGUACGCUCUCCUGUCUCAAGGAGAAAGGCUGCUGUCCUCAGGUGUUCCUCUUGAGCCCAGCAUUGGUGACUUUGAGACCUGGACUGACGCUAUAUUCCAGGUUGCGGGACAGCUGUCUGAGUGCUCACUGGUAGAGCCGCUCCUCCUGCCCUCAAAUCUGCUCACUCUCUUCUGUCGUUACCUUGACAAACGCACAGUGCAUCAGCUGAAAAGCAACAUUGAGUCUGCGACUGGAUUCCUGGCUCUCCCAUCUUAAAGAGGACAGCAGCUUAUCAGAUGUUCAGCUAAUGACCAGGUUGUUGUGAGCACGUGAAACAAAGGAGCAGCGGAACAGCCAUAACAAAAACUCCUCAGUGUUCACUAUAGAAGAUAUGUGAUGUACUCUCUGAAUGUUUCAGUUCAUAUUUGUCCCCUCCCUCAUCCCGUCACAUUUUUUGCACUGCAGCUGUUUCCCUUUUUAUUUCCCUUUUCUGAUCGUUUUACUCUCCUCCCUUUAGUCUCUUCAAGGUCACAUUUAUGCAAAUUAUCGCUAAGCAAAAAACCUUUCUUUUUAAUUAAGCAUUUGAAAACAAGUAUCGUCAUUAAGUCAUUAAUAUCCAUAUACUGAGUUGGUUGCAAGACAUUAUGUUAGCUCAUCAGAUAGAGCUCAAACUUUUGUGACUUGUCCAACCACUCUGAAUUUGUUUUCCAAUUCCUCUUACAUAAAAACCAAAUGGAUUUAGGCGUCACUGAGACAAAUGUGUUUGAUCUGGACUUUGUGACUAGAUUGAGGAUUGUAUAGUAACUUAUGAUUGUACAGCUAUAGUAGAGUAUAUGUUCAUUAUAAUAAUAGCUAUUAAGUAGUCAUGGCAUGAUCCAUCAGAAUAAGCCAUGCAAAUUUGUUUUUGUGUAAAAAGACAUGCAUUGUGUAUACAUGUUUAGUGAUACUGAAUCUGAUGUAUUUGGUGUAAAUCUCAAUCUUAGAUGUUUCAGUUGUAAAAAUAUUUGCAUUUAAUGUAUUAAUUUGGAAACAGGAAUAAUUUAUAUUGCACCCUUGUAGAGCACUUGCAACACAAAUAAAAAAAAAUCUUUAAAAGUA